AUGAAGUGGGCAAAGGGUUGCAGCAUCUUGCUCGCCUCCCUGAGCUUGCUACUGCUCUCCGCUCAUUUGGUCAUCGUCGAGGCUAAGCAGACCGCCUUCUCCGCUCCUGCAGAUUUGAGCGGCGUUCGCUCACAGAAGCACUCGGAACCACCAUGUUAUCCGUUCUGUUCAGCACACAACCAGGAUAGCAGUCACAUCGUAUCACAUGUCGAAUCGACCCGUUACGCAGACCGUUCAGGGACGCUUCAGUGGGUCGACCCACGCAUCGGCACAAAUGGUCCGGAUCCAUCCGAAUACGGCGGCAUGGUGCCUUCGGUAGCGCUCCCCUUUGCUGGCGUCCGCACUGUGCCCAUGACACGGGAGAAUUUGGUCUCUGGCUGCGCAUAUCACGACAACGACACCGUCAAUAUCGGCUUCCUUGCCAGUCGCCAGCCUGCGAUCUGGAUGGGCGACUACGGCUUUGCUACCGUCUUUGGCGGACAAGGCGAGGUCAAACUUGGCAAGCAUGAGCGCGGUCACUCCUACAGUCAGGCGGACGAGUUCGUGGCGCCAUUCAAGUACGCCGUCAGGAUGGGCAACUCUUCGGAAGGACGGAUGUUUGCGGAGCUGGUAGGGAAGAGUCGGGCUGCCAUGGUGCAGUAUACGUUCGAGAAACCAGGUAGGGAAAACUCGGUCAUGGAACGACUCGUUCAACACAUCGCAGCAAGUAAUGCUACGCAGUGGGGACCUUACAUCGCCGUGCAGGCUUCGCGGGAGCAUUGGCGAGGUGCGGUCCGCAUCGACGUCGAGAAGGGCGAAAUAUCGGGCUACAACACGGAACGCAUGGACUAUCGGCUCGGCCCACAUGAAGCACCAGGGUUUCGCGGCUACUUUGUCUACCGUUUUGAGUAUCAACGCACGGACUCGUCGCAUGAAGAGUGGAUCAAAGGCUUCUCAAGCGACAGUGUUGGAACGGCGCACACGAACGCCACGGGCAUAUCGAUGCAUCCCGGCGAGCGAUCAAGGUGGAAUGAGCUCGGAGUGUACGGCUUCGUCCGCUUUCCCAUCGAUACGACACGUGUCAGGGUGCGGAUGGGCCUCAGUCUGAUCUCGGAGCAACAAGCACGCUACAACCUCGACGUCGAGAUGCCGAACGGUACAAACGUCGAGGACGUGGUCACAGAGCUCAUCGAUGCGUGGAAGAGCAAGACGGAUCGGAUCCAAGUGCAAGGCGGCACUGAAGAGCAGAAGCGUAUCUUGUACACUGGCAUCUAUCAUGCGUCUCAGUAUCCAGCGGAGCAUGCAGAGCCAAUUCCGCAUAGCGACGGUGAUCUUCAAGACACCGUUCCUCGACACGGCGUCGAGGACAAUCACGAGUAUCACUACUACUCUGGCUACACCGAUAGCGUCCACAAGGUCAAAAAGGGCCAACGGUACCAAUCUUGGUCGAUCUGGGACAUCUAUCGAGCGCAAUGGAAUCUGUUGAUCCUGUUCGAACCGCAACGCGUGGUCGACAUGGUGCUUUCGCUUCUCGACAUCUACCACGAAUCUGGAUUCUUGCCCAUGUGGUCGACAUUGGCGGAGACCAACAUCAUGAUCUCGACGCAUGCUGACUCGCUUAUCGCCGAAGCCGUGGUAAAAGGUGUCUCCGGAUUUGAUGUCGAAAAGGCUUGGGAGGCGGUCCGCAAAGACGGUACGGUGCCUCCCGAGCGAGAAGAGGAGCUGCGCUAUGAGGAUCGCGAGGAGUAUACUCCGCUCGAGGUGCGCGCUGGACUGACGUCUUACAAUCAGUCGGGCUACGUGCCGCUCGAUGGAUGGUCCGAGUCUACGAGUCGAACACUCGACUAUGCGUACGACGACCAUGCGAUUGCAGUGCUAGCUGACGUGCUUGGCAAGAAAGCAGAUGCAGACUUUUUCCACGCCCGCAGCAAGAACUAUCGCCACGUGUUUGACCAAGACCAGGGACUCAUGGCAGCUCGGCUGAAGAACGGUACCUUCCUCGUUCAACUUCUACCCGAUCCAAGGGGACGCCAAGAAGGUUUUACAGAGGGCAACAGCUUCGACUAUUCUUUCGACGUCGUCCAGGAUGUACCCGGCCUCGCAGAGCUCAUGGGAGGCAGGACCAAGUUGGCAAACUUGCUGGACCGCCACUUUGCAGAGGGACACAACGACCAAUCCAACGAGCCGUCGCAUCACAUUCCGUAUCUCUACUCUCUUAUUGGCGAAGCGUCCAAGACGCAGCGUCUGGUCAGAAACAUCUCACACGAAGCGUAUAGCGAUCAGCCAGACGGUUACGCGGGCAACGAGGAUUGCGGCCAGCAGAGCGCGUGGUACAUCUUCAGCGCUAUGGGCAUCUACCCUGUUGACCCUGUGUCAGGAGAAUACGUCGUUUCAUCGCCGUUCUUUGAGCGCAUGGAUAUCACGAUACCUGCGCGAGCUGAGGAGGAAAAGGGGGUUCAUCUGCGAAUCGAAGCGCCUGGGUCGGAUGACGAGCAUGUCUAUGUGGCCAACGUGACUGUCAACGGGCGGUCGAUUGCACAGCCCAAACUCAAAUGGUCGGACGUACUUGCCGGUGGGACGUGGAAAUUCGGUCUCGCGGACACUCCACAGGCAUGGGGAAACGAUCAAUCGCUACCACCACUGCAAGCAUAA